AUGGAGUUUCCUACCCUGUCCGCGGCUGAUUUAGCCGACCUGUAUUCUGUGAUCACUUUCAAUGCCACAUUGCCUGAGGAUUCUACAGGGCUGCCAUCAAGAGACAAUGACACCGAGAAGGGUUCAUCGAAGGACACCACAAGUAUUAUAAUCGCAGUAUCUAUAACUGCGCUCUACUCUGUUAUAUGCAUUGUUGGACUGCUUGGAAACAUCCUCGUUAUGUAUGGAGUGGUGAGAUACACCAAAAUGAAGACAGCCACUAACAUCUACAUCUUCAACUUGGCCCUGGCCGAUGCUUUGGCAACCAGCACUCUGCCCUUCCAGAGUGCCAAGUACCUGAUGAACACCUGGCCCUUCGGCGAGUUCCUGUGUAAAGUGAUCCUCGCCGUUGACUACUACAACAUGUUCACCAGUAUCUUCACCCUGACCAUGAUGAGCGUGGACCGCUACAUCGCUGUGUGCCACCCGGUCAGAGCCCUGGACUUUAGAACGUCCGCCAAGGCCAAGAUGAUCAACGUGUGCAUCUGGAUUCUCUCCUCUGCCAUCGGAGUGCCCAUCAUGGUCAUGGCGGUUACCAAGGUGACAGACAAAGGCAAUACAGGGUGCAUGCUGCAGUUCCCUCAGCCAGACUGGUACUGGGACAUGGUGACUAAGAUCUGCGUGUUCGUAUUUGCCUUCGUGGUGCCAGUCCUGGUCAUCACCAUCUGCUACGGCCUGAUGAUUCUCCGCCUGAAGAAUGUCCGGCUGCUCUCCGGAUCCAAGGAGAAAGAUCGGAAUAUGCGGCGCAUUACCCACAUGGUCCUGGUGGUGGUGGCGGUCUUCAUAAUUUGCUGGACGCCCAUCCACAUCUUUAUCAUCCUCAGGACCAUGGUGCAGAUCAACAGCACGAACCCCUAUGUGAUCGCCAGCUGGCACCUGUGCAUCGCCCUGGGCUACAUGAACAGCAGCCUCAACCCCCUGCUCUAUGCCUUCCUGGACGGGAACUUCAAGAGGUGCUUCAGGGAUUUCUGCCUGCCUUUCCGCUCCAACAUGGACCAGAGUAGCUUCUCCAGAGCCCGCAACUCCACGCGAGAGCCCACCACCGCGUGUCCCCCGAGAGUGUUGGUGAGGAAGCCUGUAUGA